GAGCGUACGUUGUCAAUUCCACACUCCAUGAUGUUCUUGCAGGAAGAAGUGAAGUCCAUGUGUUUGCCCUGGAAGUUCUCCUGGUCAUAAACUGUGAUCUGGACAUGUGGAACAGAUGAUGAACAAAUCUUCAGCCAUGUCUCAUACCGCUGUGCAGGGGAGUGUUGGAAGUCGUUCUGCCAUGGGGAUGCACACAUACCGGAUCUAUUUGUUCGAGUGUGAGAAUUUCCAAGGUCGCGUGAUGGAAUUGAACGGCGAGUGUCGCAAUAUUUGUGAUAAGGGCUUUGAUCGUGUGCGCUCCAUCAGAGUGGAGUGUGGCCCGUGGGUGGGUUACGAACAGCAGAACAUGUGUGGCGAGAUGUUCAUGUUGGAAAAGGGAGAGUAUCCUCGCUGGGACACCUGGUCCAAUAGCUACCGCUGUGAUCAUCUCAUGUCCCUCAGGCCAGUCCGCAUGGAUUCCCAGGAUCAUAAGAUCUGUCUGUAUGAGUGUGCAAACUUUGAGGGCCGUAAAAUGGAGGUUUGUGAUGAGGAUAUCCCCAGUCUUUGGUCCUAUGGCUUUUAUGACAGAGUAGCAAGCAUUCAAGUCUCCGGGGGAACGUGGGUUGGGUACCAAUACCCUGGCUAUCGUGGAUAUCAGUACCUGUUUGAGUGUGGCCCCUUUAAGCACUGGAAUGAGUGGGGAGCCAAUCAUCCCCAAAUACAGUCAAUCCGCCGAGUGCGAGACAUGCAGACACAUCGGCGAGGCUGUUUCGAGAUGACUGCAUAAGCGACACAGCAGGAACUAAUGGACAGAUUGCAAGAAAAGCUCUGUGGUGUAUAAAAUUAUCCCUCAAUUUACAAAAACCACUUUAGAGCAGUGUGAAGCGCUUCACCUGUUUACAAUUAUGUGUGAUGAAGCUAAAGCUCACAUAGGCCAAAUUGACUUUUUGUUACAUUCAACUAUAUUUAUCUUUUUAUUAUUGGCCACUUUCUCAGCAAUUUUUCUAAUGAACACAAGUUAUUAAUUCAUUUUCAAAAACUAAGCAAAAACCUCCUACUGAAUUAUAAACCAUGAAUUAAGUACAGCUUGCAGCAGGUAUUGGGAUACUAAACCUCUGGCCUCUUGGAUAGGCUACUUAUGUAGUAGGCUUAAUUGUAUAAAGAUUUCAUUUUCCUCUUUUUUGGUGUGGACAGGAUUAACAUACCCAUCAUCUCGUGUGAUGAGGGGACUGUGCAGUCCUAUCCCGCAAAUCUCUCUC